AUGUCCGAUAACGAGAUCUACCGAACAGCCUCGGACCUACCCCUCUCCAAGGAACAUCUUGCGUCCCGUGACAACCUAGUGACGAAACCAUCCGUCAACUUCUCUGCCAAGAGCUCGCACCUGCCGCGGAGCCUGCCGUCGGCGCCCAGUGCGGUGCACAGUCCCUUUUCUAACGUGUUUGCGGUCAACUCAUAUAACCAUUCUGUCCAGUACUACCCACCGUAUGUGCUCGACAAGGUGGCACAUCUGGAGCCGCUUCCAGAGCAGCAGCCAGGAAACUCCGCAGUCUCCAACGUAAAGAACCGUACGCGUGAAGACGAUCUUUUCCUCAACGCGAUCCACAAUAACUGGGGCACGUUUGUGCAGACGGUACAGGCCAGCCCGGCCUAUACCUCCGGCCAACUCGAGUUCAACGCCGAAACCACCCACGGGUUUCCUGACUUGAGUGGUAAGUGGGAGGGCCACGAACGCUUGCGCGCGGCACUUAACAGCGACGAUGAUGAACUCUCAUACACAGAUCGCAUGGGGAAACGAAGUUUUAUCUUUCGCUUGCUCAGUGGAUACUACUUCACCCGCAGCGCCUGGACCUCUGACACUGCGUCGUUAAGCUCGGAACAGCAUGAGAAAAAGCGGCCGAAGAUUCAGCUGCGCGCGGGCUACUGGAUGCUGACGCAUAACCGCGCGGACUGGAAGCCCAUGUUCAAACGCAUUCUCCUCAACAACCCCUACAUCCCAUUGACACUCCGCCUCAUUAUCAUUAUCUUCUGCGCGACCGCUCUCGCGCUCGCGGCGGACGUUUACCGCGAGUCGCACAUGUACUACGGCGAGUAUGGCGCUGAUGCCAGUACUAUCAUGGCGUUGUGCGUACAGACAAUCUCGCUCGCAUAUCUUUUGUACAUCACGUACGAUGAGUUUUCCGCGAAACCCAUCGGCUUGCGUAACCCGAUGGCCAAGUUACGCCUCAUCAUGUUGGACCUCUUGUUUGUUAUCUUCUCCGCCGCAAACCUCACGCUUGCCUUCUACAACUUGUAUGACACCCAGUGGUUGUGUUCGGCUACACAGAAGGGUUAUCCCGAGCUCAAGACCAGUUGCGAGCGUCAGCGCGCCUUGGUUGCGUUUUUGUUGAUCAUCUUGUGCAUGUGGGUCACUACGUUUACCGUGAGUAUCGUCAGGGUCGUCGAGAGAGUCUCCCCGGGGUUGAAAUAG